AUGCUGUACCGCGCCAUCAACGGGGAGAGCGAGGGCGCGCCCGCGCCGCUUGAGCGCCGCGAGGACCCCGGCCCGCGCCCCGCGCCUCACCGAUACGAGGGCCCGCCCACCCCGUGCCCGGCGCGCGUGGAGUACGCGACGCCGGUGUUCGCGCGCAACUACCAGGGCGUGUGGCGAUACGUCGAAUACCCUCAGAAGCGCGCAGAUGAAGAGAAACCACCGCACUGCGACGGGCACGAUAACUUUGGAUGUUUCCAGGUGCAGCUCUUAUUGUAA